AUGUCUGACAUUGAAGAAGCAACUGUUACGUUCCGCAAGUCAGAUAUGACGGUCAAGUGGCGCGCAAAAGAGCGACUAACUCUCCUUCAGCUCGCCGAGAAGUCAGGGUUGAAGCCAGAUUUCGGUUGUCGCUCUGGUGCAUGUGGAACGUGCGAAGUACGACUGGUCAAGGGGAGCAUUGAAGGGUGCUUAGAGGGAGAUGACGGCGUAUUGAUAUGCUGUUCCAUACCGGCAAGCAUCGAGAUUGAACUCGAGCUAUGA